UCACUACCGGAAGUGUAUGUUUGUGUUAGCAUUAGCUUGAUUUCUGUUCGUGCCGGAGCAAGUCAGCUGGUUUGUUAGUUUACUGCUUCAGUUAGCUCAGUGAAAGCCUUGCUAGCCCAUGGGAAAGUGCUUUUCUCCAAACUUUAUUUUUAAAGUGACUUCCCUCCAUUUAUUUAACAAAGAAACGCCUCAUGUUAGCUAGGUGCCUGCGGUUAUUCCGCUAGCUAGCGAGGAUUUGAUCCAGCUGGAAGCUUGGAGCAUCCUGCUAGCCUAGCAGCUAAAUUAGCAAAACACACUGGAAAGAAGUAAGGUGAGGAGGACCAGUGUCAUCAACCAUGGCAGGUGGAAUUACAGAGACCGGGGAACCCUACUCUGCAUUUGUGGGGCUGGUCUACAUGUUCAACCUGAUCGUGGGGACAGGAGCUCUGACGAUGCCCAAAGCCUUCGCCACAGCCGGUUGGGUGGUCAGCUUAGCCCUCAUUUCCUUUUUAGGUUUCAUGAGCUACAUGACGACCACGUUUGUGAUCGAGGCGAUGGCGGCGGCCAACGCUCAGCUGCGCUGGAAGAGGAGAGAGCAGGAAGAGAUCAAUGACAGCGACUCCACCUCUGACUAUUCGGACGAUGACGGCAUGGGCCGAGGCCGAUCAGAGCCGGAGACGAAGCCCAUCCUGUCUGUUCGUGAGUAUCGUGACAGAAGCGUUCACGAGAGAUCGGGAGGUCACGUCGAUCACUUCGACAUCGCGGAGCGGGUCGAGAUGGGUCAAAUGGCCUCCAUGUUCUUCAACAAAGUCGGCGUCAACAUGUUCUACAUCUGCAUAAUCGUCUAUCUCUACGGAGAUCUGGCCAUCUACGCAGCAGCUGUGCCGAUAUCCCUGAUGGAAGUCGCCUGUGGGAAUCACUCCUGCAGCGCUGGAAGCGUCAAGUACAACGACACGGAUCCGUGCUGGGGUUCCGUCACGAGGAAAGACGCUUACCGGGUGUUUCUGAGCAUCUUCACUGUCUUGUUGGGUCCUUUCACCUUCUUCAACGCCCAGAAGACCAAAUAUCUUCAGAUUCUCACCUCACUCAUGCGCUGGAUCGCGUUCACCAUGAUGAUCAUCUUGGCUCUCAUCCGUAUCGGUAAAGGUACCGGCGAAGGCACCCCGCCAGUCGCCACCCUGUCCGGGGUGCCCAACCUGUUCGGCGUGUGCGUCUACUCCUUCAUGUGUCAACACUCUCUUCCCUCCCUGGUGACGCCCAUCUCCGACAAGAAGCGCGUCGGCACCCUGGUGUUCGCGGACUACGUCCUGAUCCUCGGCUUCUACGUCCUCCUCUCCUUCACCGCCAUCUUCUGCUUCAAGAGCUCGCUGCUGCACGACAUGUACACGCUGAACUUCACGGACAACUGCGACGUGUUGAACAUCCCGUUCCUGCGCUACUUCCUGGGCCUGUUUCCGGUUUUCACCAUCAGCACCAACUUCCCCAUCAUCGCCGUCACGCUGCGCAACAACUGGAAGACCCUGUUCCACCGGGACGGGGGCACCUACCCGUGGGUGGUGGACCGCGUCGUGUUUCCCCUCAUUACCCUGGUGCCCCCCAUCGUGGUGGCCUUCUGCACCCACAACUUGGAGUCCCUGGUGGGGAUCACGGGAGCCUAUGCCGGCACAGGGAUCCAGUACAUUGUCCCCGCCUGCCUCGUGUACUACGCCAGGCGCCAUCUGGAGCCCGUGGUGGGCAGAGAUGCCGUCAACAAGCACCGGUCUCCUUUCCGCCACGCCUUCUGGGUGUGGUUUGUUUUGCUGUGGGCCGGCUCCUGCCUCAUGUUCGUCACAGCCAACAUCAUCCUGACUGACACCAAGAAAUGAGAACAAGAACAAAUCUCCCUCCGUCUGUUCGGCCAGUCGCUCUGCUCCUGCACACGAGGCCUUACUCGCUGCUGGUUGGACAGUGUGCCUUUUUGAAAGGGACUUCUGUUGCAUAUAUUAAAUGUAAUUAAGAGUAAUUUAUCAAAUUUGUUAAAAAGGGACCAAAUGUCAAGUUGUUUUAGUUCCAUGGAUUGAAGCUGGAUCCGUGCAUGACGACAGUGAAAGGGAAGUGAGAAGGAUCAUUUAUUAAACGGAUGUUUUGUCAACAAACAGCUCACAGUCUGCAGUUUUCACAACAGUUUGCACUUACACAACUUUGUAAAAAUGUAUCUGACGGCCUCAAACAAAGUAGUUCGAAAGAAACGUCGCACAAAAUGCACAAAGUUGUCUUGAUUGUCGAAGGUUUGACGUUGGAAAGAAGGAGCUGGGUGUUGUUUGACCAUCCGACACUCUCAAGCAGACUUGUGCCUUAAAGGUGGGAAUCUGUAGAAAUCGACCUGGAUCAUAUUUUUCAAUGUUUUUGUGUCAAAAUUAUGAGAAUGAUUCUGGCAGAGAUGAACCUUGAAGAAAUCAGCCAGACUCCAUUUGCAAAAACUGUGAAAUAAAAUGCAGUUUAUCAGAAAAAGGAGCGACGGACGGGUUGGACUUUAUUCGACCGGAUCAUCAGAAUUGAUGAUUGUUUUCACAGCCGAAAAAUAAACCAAGAUGACUUCAGUGAGUUUCUCGACAGUCGAGUUUGACUGGAGCGUGUUUUAAGAUGAUAAAAUUACCGUUUCUGCAAAUGGAGUCUGGUGACUUCUGAUGAAAACCAGGAGGAUCUCACUCUUGUCGAGAAGGUUUAUCUCGAUCUGAUUGUUGUCAGAAAUGUAGAAUAACAAUCAUUUUGUCUGUAUUAGACACAAAAACAUGGAACAAAAGGAUCCAGGUUCUGUGUGUCGCCCAUCUUAUGUUUCAUUUAUUGUCUUUCAAAUCUCACACUGGGGAAUAAGAUGCGUGUGAAGAUGCUGACGAAUGUUCAAAUAAAAAUAUAUGUAAGCCGAGCAGCGACGAGAACGAAGAGCCUGUCACCUCCCAGACUCGCUCCUCUGUUGCUAAACUGCUCAGCGUCUCCACAGCUCAAUAAUGAAACCGGAACAGAACCCCAACCGGAGCGAGUCGCGGAUGAUCCGUCUUUCAUGUCUGACGUGGAUCCAUCCCUCAGCGGCGGCUGCCUCCGAUCUUCCUCGUCCUCCCUCGUGAACAACGAGGCCGGGCGCGGUGACAGAUCCGCGGACAGAUUGGCCUCCAGGAGGAGCUGCGUCUCUGUUUGUCACCGGGCUGCGGCGGCUGUAGUUCACACGCAGGGCAUGUCUCGCAUCUUUUACUGCUCAGCAGCCGUUCACGACUCUGUCAGACUCUCACUGUAUCUAUCACACGGCUGCGGCACCUGACAGGAUGACGGUGAUCCGCAGAGUUUCAGCUCCGGAUGCAGAGUUCAGCUUCACGACUGUAGCUCAGAGGUGCUGAUUUCACCGACACGUGGCAGCUUCCUCUCCGAGUCCAUCGGCUUCGUCUCAUUUCGUGUUGUCUGGUUUCAUAAGUCGUUUUCGUCGGCGACAUUGUUGGGUUGCUUCACCUCAGGAACAAAAAGAACAUGAAGAAAAAGUAGAAAAGUAGUUUCCUCUUCACCGUCUGGUCCGUCGAUCAUCCAGAGGGGUUUUUUUUUUUGUUGUUUUUUUGGAAGCAAAAUAUUUGCUGCUGGAAAAACCACAAACGAAAAAAAUCUCUGCUCUCGACUGGAGGGAGAAAAAUCUGCGAGACGGAUCCGAGUAAAACUAAUUAGACCACGAGAGGUUUUUUUGUUUUUGUUUUGUUUUGUGUCAAGAUGAAACUUCAGCUUCAGUGUUUGAGCGUCACCGAGCGUUGAGACGCUGCAGUGAAGGAGUGAAGCCGAUCGAUUCAUGAUCACUUUAACAGACAGCAGCUUGUUACCUGCUGCUCGUUAAUAUCUUUAUUUUUGAUUUAUCUUUUAGCAUGCUUUAUUUCUCUGUCGAUUACUUUCUUGGUUUGGUCUUUAAAAUGUCUUGUUUUGUCCACAACCCAAAGAAGAAAUACUCACAUUUAACAAGCUGGAAUCAGAUAAUUACACUGUUGGUGUCCAGUAUCAAGAUAAUCACGAUCAAUACUAGAAAACUAAAUACUGAUUUUGUGUGAACGAUCCAGUGAAGAUGUGCGUCUUGUUUCUGAGCUGGUCUGGUUUUCUUUUCACUAAUAAUCAAGUGUAACUUCUUUAUUUCUGUGGAUAUCACAAUCAAAUCUUUGGCUUUAUUUAGUCUAACCCUAAUAAUCAAGGAGGGAAAUCUGAUAUCAUGACAGCCGAAGCGAUCGAUCGAAUGAUUAUCAGCGUGAUUGGUGAUUAAUUUAAUAGUUGACAACUCGAUUAUGAAGCACCAACAGAAACGGUGUUGAAUCCAAAGUCCAGUGAUGGUGAGAAAAGUUUCUGAGUGAACUGUUGGAGUUACGUAGGAAAUUGUGAGCGUGCUGCAUUCAGGUGCUCCUCCGACAGUCCGACUUCCCGAAGUCCUGUCCUGUUUGUACAUCAAAUAUAAACAUUCCGAUCGGCCUGACAUCCAGAGAUUGUGCUCCAACUUGAAGAGCGUUAAGAUAUGAGAUGAUAAAAAAUAACCUCCAUCUCGUCCUUCAUCGUCUUUUCCUGCACACCUCGUUCAUGUCAGAUCAUAUUUGAGCUCUUGAAAUGUUGUCAGAUGAUGAAAAAUGUUUAAAAACUAAGUAAAUUUUGAGUUUAUUUGACUUGUUUCACCUUUUUUAGCAACAUAUUCACAGUACAAACAACUUGUUUUUCUCUGUAUCGUCUGAAAGUGUCGUAACCAACAUGAGGGCGGACGGAUUUUCUUUGUGUCGUCUCGAACGUCCUCUAGAGAGAUUUAGUUGUAUUAAACUUAGAUUUAGAAACCGAAGCAGCUCAGGGUGAGAUAUCAACACUAUUCAAGCUCCAUCAGGUCCGAUAUGUUGGAUAUUUAUCACAAUCUUUUUGUUAAAUGUCUGAACUGAAGCUGUUUCCUGCAACACGACUCGUUUUCACACGUUUGUGUUUUAGUGCUUCCACAGUGGAGGUCAAUUAAAAUGCAGGCGGAGUGUCGGGCGAACAGUAGUUCACUGAGUUGUGCAGCUUUCUCAUCAGCUGCUGUGAUGCACUUUAAAUUGAAAGCUAAUGUGCUGUGACGCGACUGUUUUUAAGGAACUGCGACUGUGAGAUUUUCUGCUCGUGCGUCGAAGAGCUGCCUACAUUUUCUUUUUCUUUUUAGCGCCACGACUCGACGUCGACCACAUCUGGACUCGACAGAUUCUCUGAGGUUUUUCCAGCAAUUCUAAAACUCUGCAGCUCAUCAGUGCUCCUCUCUUCUGUCUGUCCGUAAUAAUAAAUGCUGAGAUUGUACCUUUCUGCAAAACCACAGACUUGUAUCGUGUUGUAAGUUUUUAAGUUUAGUCCUGUUGUUAAGUUGUGGUUGGAUUUAGACACAAAACUCUUUUUCGUACGAUAAAAUCUUCUCUUCUGGCCUGAAUGACCUGGUGUCCUUUCCUCAAAGACGGCUACUAAAGGUCCUGAUGUCAUGUUAGAAAUAUUUGUUUUAAAAGCCCCAAAGACGGCAGCAAGAAGUCCUGAUGUUUGGUUUUAUUGUCCUAGAAAUGAAUGAAUGAAUGUCGCUGAAAUAUCCUGAUAACUCCCGACGUCUUGCUAGAAACCAUUUGUGUUUACGGACUCUGCAGAAAGUCCAGAUGUCUCGUGGAAAGUCUGCAGAAUUUAGAAACGGACUCUGUCACAGUCGCUGUUUGCACAAACUUAAAACAUCCUCAUUAUUCGUCAUGUUCAUGUUUACGUUCCCUCUUCUGUGCCGUUUGGUUUCCUCCUCGUCACCUUGAAGUGAAACUCUUCAGUCUCGCUGUAGUUCGAUGUUUUUAAGACGCGUGUUGGUGUUUGUCCGUGUGAGUGAACGAUGUUUAACGUGUCGGUGAUGAAUCUUGUGCCUUUGUGGUUCUUUUUUUUUUUUUACAGGCUCAUGUUUUUUUACUCGUCAACGUUUCGACAUCGUCUGCAUGUCCGACUUCUUCUUCUUUUUUUUAACUGACAAUCUGUUUUUGGUUGUGAUUUCUCGUCAUGUUUCUGGGUUUUGUUUACAUGGUUUGCUCAGCCUGGUUCACUGCUUUAAUGUUCUGUUGUAUUAUUUUUCACAAAGAAUAAAAGCUUUAUGUUCAUCUGAACCUCA